AUCUUUGGAUGACGACACAAGGCACGAACCAAUCACACCUUAGGAUCUGGGAGGGGCUGGUUUGUUGACAGGAAGCGUGUGAGCUUGAAUCAAUAGAACAUCUCUGCGCUUGUAGUUUAGCCUGGAAAACAGAGGAUUUUACAUUCGUUCGCCCCUUCGUAGGUGUGUGGACUUAAAUUAUGCGUUUUAAGAUCGAUCCGGGGCCAAGAUGCAAUGGAGGUCAAUAGUACUUGGUCUGGUCAUAUUGAGACUCUCACUAGGCUUUUUGCUAUGGCUAGUCUUUGGACUGGGACCCAACGUUAGCUGGGGCUUCAACUUCCCUAUUAGUUUCAAUUUGCACAAAUUAGACUUGUUAUUCAGGGAGGAACAAAGGACCGACCCGGGGAGUAACUCAUGGACUCAACGAAUACACGGCUACAACUAUGAACAGAAGGCGAGCACCUGUGCAAAGGUUGGAGAGGAUUCCCCUAAGAGAUCUUACCUGAGCUUUUUCGAUGGUAACAAGGACGAGUACGUCCGGAGAUACAGUUCCUUUCCGGACACACUAAAAGCGCAAAUGAAGGACAUGGCCAAAGAAAUGUUCUAUUUCGGCUAUGACAAUUAUAUGAAAUAUGCUUUUCCAGAGGACGAACUGAAUCCCAUUGACUGUGAAGGGAGGGGACCAGACGUGCUUAACCCGUCAAAUAUCAACAUAAAUGAUGUCUUGGGGAAUUACUCCCUUACACUGAUUGACACCUUAGACACACUGUUGGUGCUCGGCAAUGUGACAGAGUUCCAGAGAGCCGUCAGACUGGUUAUAGAUACUGUAUCGUUUGACAAGGACUCAACUGUACAAGUUUUUGAGGCAAACAUCAGGAUUUUGGGAAGCCUUAUCUCAGCUCACAUCCUACUGACUGACCCGAAACAUCCUUUUGGGAAGGUGGGCUUUGAGGGUUAUGAUAAUGAGCUGCUUCACUUGGCUCAUGACCUGGCUGUCCGCUUACUGCCGGCCUUUGAGAACACCAGAAUUCCUUACCCCAGGGUGAACCUGAAGACUGGGGUUCCUCCUGAUAGCAUCAAUGAGACCUGUACUGCAGGAGCUGGGUCCCUACUGGUUGAAUUUGGGAUUUUGAGCCGCUUGAUUGGAGAUUCCACAUUUGAGUGGGUAGCGAGACGAGCAGUCAGAGCUCUGUGGAACCUGAGGAGCAACGAAACUGGUCUGUUAGGGAAUGUAGUUAAUAUCCAAACAGGCCAGUGGGUUAACAAGCAGAGUGGUCUUGGAGCUGGGAUGGACUCCUUCUAUGAGUAUUUGCUCAAAUCAUACAUCCUUUUUGGUGAAAAAGAGGAUUACAGGAUGUUCCAAGCUGCUUAUGAGAGCAUACAGAACCAUAUGAGGAGAGGGAGAGAAUCCUGUAAUGAAGGAGAGGGUGACCCACCUCUCUAUGUUAAUGUGAACAUGUUCAGUGGUGAGAUCAUGAACACAUGGAUUGACUCCCUUCAGGCCUUUUUUCCAGGGCUGCAGGUGCUGAAUGGUGAUGUGGACAAUGCCAUUUGCCUUCAUGCCUUCUACUAUGCCAUCUGGAAGCGCUUUGGGGCUUUGCCCGAGAGAUACAAUUGGCAACUACAGGCCCCUGAUGUGCUCUUCUACCCCUUAAGACCAGAGUUUGUAGAGUCUACCUAUCUGCUGUACCAGGCGACCAAAAAUCCUUUCUACUUGCACGUUGGAAUGGAUAUUCUUCAGAGCCUUGAGAAAAAUGCCAAAGUCAGAUGUGGUUAUGCCACCCUCCACCAUGUUGUGGACAAAUCCAAAGAGGAUCGCAUGGAGAGCUUCUUCCUCAGUGAGACAUGCAAAUACCUUUUCUUGCUGUUUGAUGAGGACAACCCACUUCACAAAUCUGAUAACAAGUACAUCUUCACUACAGAGGGCCAUGUCGUGCCUAUAGACAAGCGCUUCAGGGAGAAACAGUGGAAUGACUUUUUUCCGUGUGAGGAGGGAGCACUGGUAGAGAGAGUGCCAAACAACCAGCCACCAUCUGGCAACAUCAGCAGUUGUAACAGGAUCCCAGAGGAGCGGCGCUAUGCUCUACCAUUAAAGAGUGUCUACAUGAGGCAGAUUGAUCACAUGGUGGGACUUUUCUGAACAAAAGGAUGGAUAUGGUGACAUUAGCAUGAGCAGGCCUUCAGUGGAGCUGCUCAGAAAGAUGCAGCAGGGUUAAAAGAGAUCCACUGCUGGUCUGAAUCCACUAAAAGAAACCUGAGAAAGCAAUUUGAUUAUUUGCCAUAUAAACUAAAAGUGUGUGGGUGUUCUUGCUCUUUGGUGCACAGGCAUGUAGUCAACAAAAGCGAACAAGAAACUUAUCUGCUGGACACUUGAGGAGUCAGGCUCAAUGAUGUUUUGGCUUGUGAAGAGUUGGAAGUUUUGUUAGUGAUUUCAGAAUAAUUGGUGUUUUUGGUGAGCAAACAUGUUCAAGAAUGUGUGUGUGCAAAUAAUGUGUGUAUGUGCUUGAGUGUGUGCUUCUUGAAAUUACAGCAAAGCUGUGAAUCCUAACAUUGUGUUUAAGGGAACAGUGCCAUCUAGCCACACAUGUGUAAAAUGUACAACUUACAAAAACUCACCUCUAAAACUUUCUCCAAACAGGAUGAUUAGUGCCUGUUUGCAGUUGAGUCACUUGACUAGUUCAGUGCUUUUAUUGAAGGGCUGCACAUUUACAGAUAAGGAGAGGUUAUUAUUUAUGCACAUACUACAAAGGCCUGCCUCAUGUGAGGCUGCCAUGUUUUAGACUGUGCCUGUAGGAACUUCAGUUUGUCUUGUUUUGUAAGCCUGAGGCAGGUUUUCCAAAAUGUGGAAACAGCUGUCAUGUGUCUCUCACUCAGCAUUAUUCGUUUUUUUUCUCCAUUGACAGAAUUAGCUAUAAUGUACCUAUUUUAGAAAGGCUUUUGUUUUGCACAUUUGUCAAGU